GGACCCCGGGAUCAUGACCUGAGACGAAGGCAGACGCUUAACCGACUGAGCCACCCAGGUGCCCCCAGAACUGUAGUAUUUUAUCUCUAACUGCCUACUAGACAUUUUCUCUUAUUCCUGACUGCAUUAACUUAAACACAAUCUAAAGUCAAACCCUUCUUUCCACAUGGAGACGGUCUUUUUUGUUGUGUAUAGGUGAUGUGGGUAUAGAUAUAGAAUAAAUAAGCAACAUUUGCUUCAGUUAUCAAAUACUUAGAAACACUUUGAUAUCUGAGCUAAAAGUUACAGAUUCUGUUAUCAGAAUUCUGAGCAGAAUAUUUGCUGCUUCAUGCCAUGCUUUUUUUUUUUAAACUUGAAAACUAUUUCAUUUGACAUGGAGGACCUCAACUAAAGCGUCCAAAGGAGGGGAAUAGACUAUUAAUGCCCAGCAGGAAUUCAGGAACACAGUAAAUGCCUUUCUUUUAUCUGUUCUGUAUCUUCCUGUUCAUAGGUUCUCACAUGGAAUCCCAAGAGGACAGCUGUUGGUUUGUCAUAUUUUACAGGCCUAGUGCCUUUUAAUAAACUGGUUAUGUGUUAUAUGUUGAUGCUAGGACACAAAAUUGGCACUCAUUAAGUAGCUCUUAAGUAAAUAAAUCAAAAGAAGUACAAGAUAUAAGAUACAUGGUCCCUGCUAGUAAGAGUUUAUAAAUGAAGUAGGGAUGAUAAUUCCUGAAGCCAGUUAAAUAAAAAUCUAUAAACUCCAUUAUAUAGUGACAUGUCAGGAUAAGAGGAACAAAUAAUAAAUUGUGUAGACAUUCAGUAAGUGGAGGAAAAGGCUUUUGGAGUUGACGGGCUUGAGCUAGCCCUUGUAUGUGUGCUACUAGAAGAUUUCUGGUCUGAAGACGUAUAAAAACUUCCCCUUUGAUACUAUAAUAGUUCUGCCCCCCUCAGGAUCAGACUGCUUCUUGCUUUUGCUUUAAAAGAGAUUAGAUUCUAGCAGUCCAUUAUGUAAGCCAAGAAAGACCAUUUUUAUGUGAAGGUGCACUUUCAUUGAACUUGGCUCUCUCUAUCGUAUUAUAGUUAGUUGUUUAUAUCUGUCUCUACAUAGUUUCCAUAUGGGAGGCACCCCGUAGAUGUUUGUUGAAUAAACAAGAGUGUAAGCUCCUAAUGGGUAAGAAUGUGUUAUUUUUUGUUUCCUCAUGUUCACUGAAGCGAAUUGAGAUUGGUGAAGUUUCUUGAGAUUGGUUCUUGGAAAAUCAGUCCUCACUGAUUCUGUUGCUGCAGUUUAGCUCACCACACAACAGGUGCUUGAGUAUUCACCUUCCUCCAGGCCAGCGAAGUUAUAUUUUGAUGACUUCCCUUUUGACCUGGUCUAGUACUUGUAGACCAGGUCGAAUACAAAGAUUGAUCUAUAGGCAACAGCUGAAGAGUGAAAAUGAUCACUUCUGUGAAGACAGGAUUUCCAAUUUCCAAGCCUGAUGGGAUCUCCCAGCGGGAACAAGAUCUACAGGUCUUUGAUCUGGAAACUAAGAAUAGAGAAGUCUUAAGAGAUGACUGCUCAGAUGGAGAGACAAGAGAAGAGAACAAGCUGUUGAUUCCUAAGCAGGAAAUUUUGGAAGAAGUACAUUCAUACAAAGUGAGAGUAGGAAGACUCAAAAAGGAUAUUGCCCAAGUUCCUGGGACUAGAGAAGUGUCUAAACCUGAGGACAGAUUAGAAAGGCUUCAGGAAAUCCUAAGGAAAUUUCUCUUCCUGGAGAGAGAGUUUAGGCAGAUAACAAUCAGCAAGAAAGCCUUCACCAGUGACAGUGAAUGUAAUGAACCUGAAAAAAGCUUCAGUCCGGACUCUACCCUUGAUACAGAUCAGAGAGUUCUUAGAAUACAGAAUAUUGAUGAUACUGAUAAGUAUGACAUGGGUAUGAACCAGAAUUCAGCUGCUGGUAAACAAGAACAAAUAAAUCUCAUACAGGAUGUUCAGAGUAGUGAAUAUAAGGAAAGCUUAAUGGAUCUCUCCCACCUUAGUAAAUGUGACAGCAUUCCUGCCACAGAGAAAUCCUAUAAAUGUGAUGCAUGUGAGAAAGUCUUCCAUCAGAGCUCUGCCCUUUCUAGACAUCAGAGAAUUCAUACUAGAGAGAAACCCUACAAAUGUAAAGAAUGUGAAAAAUCUUUCAGUCAGAGUUCAAGUCUUAGUCGACAUAAAAGAAUACACAGUAGAGAAAAACCCUAUAAAUGUGAAGCAUCUGAUAAAUCCUGUGAAGCAUCUGAUAAAUCCUGUAGUCAGAGCUCAGACAUAACUCCACAUAAGAGGAUUCACACUAGAGCAAAGUCUUAUAAAUGUAGUAAUUGUGAAAGGGUUUUCAGUCGCAGUGUACAUCUUACUCAACAUCAGAAGAUUCACAGAGAGAUGCCCUGUAAGUGUACUGUAUGUGGCAGUGACUUCCAUCAUACCUCACACCUUGCCGAACAUCAGAAAGUCCACUGUGAAGAGAAAGCCUAUGAAUACAAUGAUUGUGGGUUGACCUUUAUGAAACAUCAAGGAAUUCAUCUCAGAGAAAAGCCCUAUACGUGUAAUGAAUGUGGAAAGGACUUCAGAUUGAAUUCCCAUCUUAUUCAGCAUCAAAGAAUUCACACAGGAGAGAAACCACAUGAAUGUAAUGAGUGUGGAAAAGCUUUUGGUCAAACUUCAUGCCUUAUUCAGCAUCACAAAAUUCAUGGGAAAGAGAAGUCCUAUGAGUGUAAUGAUUAUGAGGAAAGUUUCAAUCAUAGCUCAGAUCUUGUUCUUCAGCAAGAAGUCCUCACCAGAGAAAAAGCCUUUGAUUGUGAUGCAUGGGAAAAGAACCUCAGUCAGACAGCACACCUUGGUCAACAUCAAAGAAUUCAUACCAAAGAGAAACCUUAUGAAUGUGACGAACGUGGGGAGACAUUUAGUCAAAUUCAGACCUCAUUCAACAUCUGAGAGUUCACACCAGGGAGAAAUUAUAUAUGUACUGAAGGUGGUGAAGCCUUCAGUCAUAGCUCAACCUUAUUCAGCAUCAGAGAAUCUACACCAGAGAGAAACUCUCUGAAUGUGAUGAAUGUAGGAAAACUAUUUGUCAGUGUUAAACUUCAUCGACAUCUGCGAACCCAUACCAAUGAGAAAAUCUAUGAAUACAUUGAAUGUGGUAAAUGCUUCAUGCUAUUUUCAUACCUUAGUCACCAUUGGAGAAUUCUUACUGGAAUAAAAUUCCAUCACUGUAAUAAAUGUGAAAUAGCCUUCAGUCAAAGAAACUACCUUGUUCAGCAUCAAAUUCAUUCCAUGCAGAAAGCCUAUGAAUGUAAUAAGCAUGUAUACGCAUGGGAGGAUUCAGUCAUAUUCCACCCCUUUUUCAACGUCAAAGAAUCCGUGCCCAGGAGAAGCCAUUCAAGUGUAGCAAAGGUGACAAAUCUUUCAGUGGGAGUUCAAGUCUUUUUCAUCAUUAGAAUCUCCACACCAGACCAGAAUCUGAUACAAUGCAAAUGGAAAAAAUGUACCUCUACAUUUCAGGCUUUACUCAACAUCAAAAUACUGGAGAGAAAUUUUUAUAUAAAAUUGUUAGCCCUGAUUUUUUCAUUGCAGAAGAAGAUAGUCUGAGGAGUGACUUGGUGAAUGCAAUGCUGUUUCCUCAUGGUAUUCUUUUAUUUAAUAGGUGGUGUAGGUAGGUAUAUAAACUUUAUUUAUGGAGCUCAUUUAAACUAUUUUUUAAAAUAUGGCCUAUGAACAUUUUUAUUUUUCCUGAAAUUUGGUUCCUGUUACAGCUUCUCUAAGAUAUUGUUAAUACACCCAUGUAAAAACAUAAUUAACUUCUGGAAAGUAGCUCAUUUAGAUUUUUCUGCUGUUCUCAGCCCAAGUUCUCUCCAAAACAGACUCUUAGGUCUGCUGUUUUCUGAGCAUCCUACUUUCCUGUUGCUUUCCAGCCACAACACUUGGAUUCCUGUUAAUUUCUCCAUUUUCUUAGUACCUUCAAAUGAUGGUUUUCUAGUUUUAAGCUUCUCACCAGCAGGUUUGCCAUCCCUACUUGAUGUUCGUGUUCUGGUGUCUUCUUUCCUAAAGUGAAGCAUCUACCUUUAAAAAGAAUUGGAUUUCCACAUCCUGUCCAUCCAUGAGUUUGAAGGAUUCCAUCUCUACUGCGUUUGUGGCAGGCAGCUAAACAUUUUCAAAUGACACCCCACCCAAUAGCUGUCUUGUCUGCAUCCCACAGCCCUCUAAAAGAGAUAAGGACGUCAGGGAGCCAACAAGACUCCUGAUGGUCUAGCUACAUUCAUUCAGCGCCUGUUCUGCAUGUCAGAGUUUAGAAUUAUUUUAUAUACUUCCUGUUGAAGGACAGCAAAAUGCUCAGGUCUGCUUUUGAUAGGGCAAAAUAUAAAGAACAUACACAGAAAAGUCAGAGAACUUCAUAAGGGAAUGCAGCUUUUCAAAAAAGAUACUGCUGUUCUUCUGUAAUCUCUCUGGAGAGAGUAUUUUAAGAGAGUGGCAGGUCUUCCUGGUAAAAUUUUAACUACUACGAUUGCUUCUUUAUCUGUUUGGAUUUUUGCCCCCCCUCUCCCAUCAAUCCAGGACAGUAUUUGAAGUGUGGGGGCUUUGUGUAUAAUUGUUUAUUCGUCAUCGCAUUUUCUGUAUUUUACAAGAGUCUACAGGCCAUAUAAAAGAACUUGGUUUUUUGAUUGAUAAAAGUGAUCACAGAUGUCAGGAUGUCCAGAGUUCAGGGUCACUGUAAACACCUAGCCAAGAAUUCAUGAUUCUUUAGAUGUUGUCAAAGCAUUUUAUUAUAUUUUUCCAUCUUAAGUUUCAUAAUAUUUUGUGAAUAAGACAGGUGUUAACUUAAAAUUCUUAUUGUCAUUCCAGCAAGUGAGGCCUUCGUAGUUCAGAUGUUAUAAUAUUCACUAGGGAUUCUCAACAAAUAUAUAACAAUUUACUGCUUAUUCUGUAAUCCUCUUAUGGCUAAGCUCUAAGAUAGUUCUACCACCGUAUUUUGCCUCUUAGCCAUCAGCAAGCAUAGGAUCUUAUCAGGGCAAAGUAGAGAUCUAAAUGAAUUGAUUUAAAUGUAAAAGCAAAUGAAAAAUGCAUGUUUUUUUUCCAUUGUUUAUGAAUGUGUAUGCCCUUAUGUACAGAGACCAAUGGUCACUUCUGGUGAUUAUGAAACAGAUUAAUCCCUAAAUAGCAGAAUAUGUAAAAAUCACAUGUAUGCAUUUGGUUUAGGAAUGUGCUUUUGUACUUCCACUUGAAUAAAGGUGUGUUUGAUACUCAGAA